AAAAGAUAUAAUUGCCAUUAAGAUGCAUGAUCUGCAAAGAUUGAAAUUUUAAAUUAGGAACAUGCAGCGAUGCUGUUUAUCCAUGUGAUUCCAAGAAUAAUAUAUAAGGAUGAGUUGGUAGUUUGGUGCAUCUGAACCAUUGCCGCUUCAGCCAGAGAAUAGCAACGAAGCUGAUAACCAAAUCAAGAUGAUAUAAUUGUUAUAGAUUACAGUAUAUUGAUCAUGAUUGUGAUGCUUCAGAUUAUUUUAUAUCUGACUAUCUAUUUUUCUUGAUCAAAUAUUCAAUGUACACGGUUGUUAAAUCAAAGCUCAGAUCUCACAUUUAUUCACAAUCAAGUAGUUUUAUUUUGUAAGUUAGACAUGAAAUGAUAUUCAAAGAUAAAAAAAUUGGUGAUCAUGAUUCAUGAAGAUUUGAAAAAUGGGUUGGUCUCUUUUUCACUUACACUUAUAGCUUUAUUUUAAUGCAUGGAAACAACAACUAAUGCAGUUGUUGUCUCUUCAAUAGAGACAUGCUUAGAAGUAUUGCAGCCAUUGUUUUUUCCAUCAGAGUAGUCCACACGUGUAUGCAGAUAGAAUAUGAAUUGCAUCGAAAAUAUCAUAAUCAUGGAAGUGAGAGAGCAAAAAGAAACAAAGUAUUAGUUGGACAGUUUCUUCAUGUGAGACACUAUAACAUUUUUAUGGCAAUGUUUAGAUCCAAAUCUUGAUAAGUUGGCACUUAUUGAUAUUUGUUUAAGAUUAGAUUCCUUUUCUCUCUAACACUCAUAAUAUAUAUUGGAAAAAUGACAUUCAAAGAAGGUAGAUCCAAAAACUGAAGUCUACAAUCUAAUCAAAGCUAGCUUCUAUUGUCCUUAGAAAAAAUGGAAGCCUUACCUUUGGAUACAAAGUCCCAUUUCCAUGCUCGUUCGAACAGUUUGCCCUCUAUACCACAUCCACUUGUUCUACAAUGCAAUGACCACUUGGAAAGGCUAAGAUCAUCAUAUGAAACCUCUUCUUCCUCUUCAAUGCUUAACCACAAACUAGAAGGGUUGCAGGAUCUUCAUGAAUGUGUUGAAAACCUUGUGCAGAUUCCCCUUAUGCAACAAGCCUUUCUCCAUGAGCCUAAGAAAGAUCUGCUUCUGGAUGGAUCUUUGAGGAUGCUCGACGCAUGCACGGAAGCCAAAGAUUCUCUACUGCAUACAAAGGAGUGCAUGCGCGAACUUCAAUCAAUUAUGAGAAGAAGAAAGGGAGGUGAUGUGGAGCUUAGGUCAGAGGUUAAAAACUUCUUGACUUCUAGGAAAGUUGUAAGAAAGGCCAUCUCAAAGGCCUUGGCAAAAUUGAAGUGUACUUCAAAAACUAGCAACAUUUCAUCUACAAAUAAUAAAGAUAAUGAAACAGUAGCAUUAAUUAGCUUAUUACAAAAUAUGGAAGUGGUCACUCUAUCAACAUUUGAGUCACUUAUGAAAUUUAUCUUAGGCACAACAGAAUCAAAGUCAAGCAGCAGCUGGCUUUUGAUUUCCAAGCUAAUGCAGACCAAGAAAAUAGCUUACUCACAAUUGGAAGAGGAAAGUGAAUUUGCACAACUUGAUGAGGAAUUGCAAUCCUCCAUAUUUUCACAAACAAACAAAUCAGAAAACAUGAAAAGGCUACAAAACCACUUGGAGAAAAUGGAAUUGCUUAUUCAAGAUCUUGAAGAAAGGCUUGAGUUUUUGUUUAGGCGUUUGAUUAAAAUUAGAGUUGCCCUUCUUAACAUCCUCAAUCACUAGUUAAGAUUAUCUGGGGCAUCAAAUUUUUGUAACCGUAUAUAUUUGUAUGCAGAAAUUAUAAAUAUGAAUAUCAAGUUAUUAUGAUAAACUGAAGAUUAUCACUCAAAUUUUAGUUGCAAUAUCAUCAUUGAGCAUUGAUUAGUUAUUUCGUUCAUCGGAACAAAAAAAUCAUGAAAAAAUUAUCUUUCACUUGGCUAAAUUAAUUAAUUCAAGUGGUGAUAUCAAUUCUCAAUUGCAUCAUGCAUCAAGCAGGUCUAUAUUUCGUACAAGAACAAAUGAAUUUCCAUGAAACCACUUCAUAGCUCAAAUGGAAUUAUUUAAAAGAUAAAAAUAGUUAGCAAGAACAAUAUCUUAGCAUUUCUACUUUGGAAUUAGGAUUAGUAAUUUAGUACCAAAUGAUAUACCGAAGAAUCCAAGAACACUUGGAUUAGAUGGUUCAGAUCUUUUUCAAUUUAAUUAGAGAUUCUAGAAUCAAAUCCAGCCCUGGAAAUGCAACCACGUUAAAAUCUUGAGAACUAGUUUAGCCGCCCAUUGUAGUCCUACCCAUUUGAGGGAUUGCUCUUUGUAGUUGCACCAAGAGAAUACUUGUUUUACACAAGAAAAUGAUAUAUUGAAGUCAAAGGCCUACAACAUUAUAUGAUUAAUAGCGAUAAUAAUUUGUUGGUUGCGAUGACACAAAAAUAUUGUGAAUUUUUACUCAUGUCCAACUACACUUACAAUCAAAUGCUCCCUUUCAAGUCAAGACUAAAAAAACUGCUGUAGAAACCUAUAGGCAACUUUGAAUGUAAAAACACCUUUUUUAAUGCAAAAUGUGAGUGGUAAAAGGUACUUGCAAAUGGAAAGAAUAGCUCUCACACUCCUUUCCUCAUUUCCUGUCACAUUAAACUGUAAGUGACAAUAGUUACUAUCCUAAAACGGCAAGAAACCAAAACAUACGCGUUUUCUAUUUUAUUUGUCCUUCUAAUUUUCAAAUCACUAGGAUCAAAUUAAAAGGCUACAAAAAAUAAUGUAAAUCACUACCACAUGGAAAAAGUAAUAAUACUCUGAAAAAAUUAUUAUGUUGAA